AUGUUUUCGUUUCAUUUCAGGAUGUUGAGAAAAUUGUCGGUGAUUCAGCUGUUUUCACCGCAGCGUCUCGAAGCCAGUAAAGCUCUGCGGAUGAAGAAGGUACAGGAGCUUGUGAGCUUCAUGAAUGAAAGCAGCGAAAGAGAAGAAGCUGUUGAUAUAUCUCGUGCAUCUUUCACCACGGUUCUUAAUAUCAUAUCGAACAUUCUGUUUUCCGUCGAUCUCGGUAGCUACGACUCGAAAAAAUCCAAUAUAUUUCAGGACACGGUAGUUAGUGCCAUGGAAGCUGCCGGGAAACCAGACGCUGCUAAUUACUUUCCGUUUCUAGGGUUUCUUGAUUUGCAAGGUAAUAGAAAGGCUAUGAAGGGUUGCACAGAGAGGUUGUUUAGGGUUUUCCGUGAGAUCAUCGAUGCUAAAAAAGCGGAAAAAUCACUGCAGAAUCACUUUAAAGAUGAUUCGAAUAGCGAUUUCUUGGAUGCGCUUCUCGUCCUAGCCGAAGGAGAUGCAGCAGAGCUUGACAAUAACGAUAUUGAACACCUUCUCUUGGAUAUGUUCACGGCAGGCACGGAUACAAGCUCCAGUACCCUAGAGUGGGCAAUGGCAGAGUUACUUAGUAGCCCUAAAACGAUGGCGAAAGCUCAGACGGAGAUCGAUCGUGUGAUAGGCCAAAACGGCACCGUUCAAGAGUCUGAUAUCUCAGAACUUCCUUAUUUACAAGCGGUUGUGAAAGAAACAUUCCGGUUACACCCGGCUGCUCCGCUUCUCGUCCCGCGAAACGCUGAAUCUGACGCGGAGGUUCUUGGAUUCCUUGUGCCUAAAGAUACUCAGGUUUUGGUGAACGUGUGGGCUAUAGGACGAGACCCGAGCGUGUGGGAGAAUCCGACCAGGUUCGAGCCAGAGAGGUUUCUAGGGAAAGAGACUGAUGUGAAAGGUAGAGACUAUGAGUUAACGCCGUUCGGGGGCGGACGGAGAAUUUGUCCGGGACUGCCUUUAGCUGUGAAGACGGUCUCUCUCAUGCUUGCUUCUCUUCUUUAUUCCUUUGACUGGAAGCUUCCAGGCGUCGUUUCUGAGGACUUGGACAUGGACGAGACCUUUGGUAUCACGUUACACAAGACCAACACGUUAUAUGCCGUUCCCGUCAGAAAACGCGCCAUUAAUUAACCACUGCGAACAAAAUAUUCAGUUUGUUUCGAUCAAACCAUAAGUUUAUAAAGAAGAUCAUCACAAAGGUAUUGUUCUCCGCUGUUUUAAAUUUGAGGGUUUCACAAAAUGUAUUGUUCUUAAAUUUGAAGGUUUUUUCUCAUAACUCAUAAGAUGGGUUAUAAUCCUACUGCUUAAAAUUAAACAAAAGUCAUCUCAAACACUCUGUUCUUAGUUGUAAGAUUUCUUAUCAUGAGGUGUGUAUGGGCUUGAAGAAGUCAAGUUAUCCAAAUUUAUAUUGGGCAUGAGUUAUAUCUGUAGCUCAAUUUAAAGCCCAUAAGAAUGUUUAAAACCAAUUAAUGGUUAUUUAUAGUUUUUUUUA